AAAUUGAGUAAUUAAUAAUUUCUUAAUUUUGUAUAUGAGUUUAAGUACUCCAUAUACUUAUUUAAUUACCACAGAUGACAGCAAAAGAGAGAUAUGUGUGGAUAAGGUGUCAAGGGGCUCCAGUGAAUGUUUGGGGAAGUGAUUUCUUUUCAACCAUGGGCCGUUCAUGGGGAAACUUCAUGUGCUUGGAUGACAGUACAAGCAAGAAGGAAAGGUUCGAUGUUGCAAGAUUUUUUAUUUCUACUCCAAUAAUGGAGACAAUAUCAGUUUCAAGGGAAAUCAAAAUCAAUGGAAGCUUUUACAAGCUGAAAUUUACAGAAGAGGAAUUCACCAAUUGCUUUUUCUCCUUGAAGCAUGAUUUUAUUCCUUCUUUUAACAGUGAGUCUGAAGAUAGGGAAUCAUGGUCCACCGGAACAGAGCCGGAGAUGCUUGAUGAGGAAGAUGUGUGGAGGAACGAGGAGGUUCAAUUCGAGUGUCCAGUUGAAGAAGAUGAUGACAUAAGAAGACGUAGGAAAGAGGAAGAAAGAAGUAAGUUAGAACAAAUCAGCAAGGAAGCAGGGGUUGCAGCAGAGAUCAUUGGUGACAACCUGGAUGAAUUUCAAAUUUCAAAUGCAAGGGAAAGAAGCAGGAGGACAGGUGGUGGGGCUACAGGACAGACGGUGCAGGCCUCAUCUUCGGAAAUUGGAGAAAAAUCAGGAGAAGAUAUUAAUCACAAAUUGAAGCCCAGAGAUCAGCCAAUGGCAAGGCCCACCUCGCGGAAGGAAAGCCCAAGGGCAAUGGAAUCCACAAAUGUGGAUGGGGCCCAAGUAGAAACAAUAAAGGAGACUCCAGUAGCACAACAAAGCAGGAAAGAGAGGAAGAAAGAAGAAGAACUCACAGCGAAAAGAGGAGAGACCAGCUCCAAUCUUCAUGCCGAACCAGGAAGGAAAGGCUGCGGAGACUCGGUAGGGGAUAGUGAUAUUCAUAAUGUUAACAGGGCAUUGAAGAAACAGUGGCAAACCCAACUCGCAAAGGAGAUAUGGGACUUGGCGACGCAGCUCGGAGCGGUGGCGGAGAACGACAAUGAGGUGAUUCAAAGAAUAGAGGAGAUGGAGGAUAGAGAUCAAAGAGCAAAGAGGAUUAUGGUGAACCGAGAGGAAAAAGGCAGCAGGAAGGUCGACUGGGGACCAAAACCGUUCAGAUUUUUUGAUUCUUGGUUGGAUCAAUCGGGAUGUAAGGAAGUGAUUGUAAGUGUAUGGAGUGACAGCGAUGUGAAGGGUUGGAAUGGUUUUAAACUUAAAGAAAAACUGAAAAGAACAAAGAAGGCACUGAAGGAGUGGAGUGGCAAAACCAACAGGGAGAUGGAAGGAAGAAUAAAGGAAGCAGAACUUUUGAUCGCUUCAAUUGAUAAGAAAGGAGAGCAGCACCAGUUGUCAGAUAUUGAUAUUGAGCUGAGAAGGAACAGUUUUAUUGAAUUAAGCAUCAAGGGAAGAUGGUGCAGAAAUGAAAUUAAUAGUAUCCGGAUAAAUGGGGAGCAGUAUACAGGAGUGGAGGUAAUAAAGCGAGAGGUUGCUAAGUACUUCCAAGAAUUGUUUACAGAAGAAAAUUGGAGGAGACCAAAGCUCGAUGGAAUAUGCUUUAGGCAAAUCACGAAAACUGAUAAUGAGCUCCUCACUACUAUUUUUUCAGAACAGGAAAUUAAAGAAGCAAUAUGGAAUUGUGAUCCUUCUAAAUCCCCAAGACCAGAUGGAUUCAACUUCAGAUUCAUUAUGACAAUGUGGGAGGUUGUUAAAGAUGAUAUAAUCAACUUUGUACGGGAAUUCCAUCAACAUGGCAAGAUGGUCAGGGGGUCAAAUGCCUCUUUCAUUGUGUUAAUUCCAAAGACAGAAAAUCCACAAGCAAUAGAGGAAUUUAGACCCAUCUCGCUAAUAGGAGUCACUUACAAGAUCAUGGCAAAGUUAUUAGCGAACCGACUACGGAAAGUGUUACCGAAGGUGAUUGGGGAGCAGCAGAUGGCUUUUAUAGAAGGAAGGCAGUUAGUAGAAGGGGCAGUGAUUGCAAAUGAGAUUCUCGACAAAGUUAAGAGGAAAAAGAAGAAGGGAUUCCUUUUUAAAGUCGACUUCGAGAAAGCUUACGACAAAGUAAGCUGGGAAUUCAUAGACUACAUGAUGAUGAGAAUGGGAUUUUGUGCAACUUGGAGGAAAUGGAUUCAAGAGUGCUUGAAUUCGAGCUCGGUCUCUAUUCUAAUCAAUGGCAGCCCGACGAAUCAAUUUUCGGUUAAUAAAGGUAUCCGUCAAGGAGAUCCUUUAUCUCCUUUUCUAUUCUUGAUUGUGGCAGAGGGGCUGAACGGAUUAAUGUCAUCAGCAGUGGAUAAGGAGAGGUAUAAAGGAGUGGGCAUUGGGAGUGGAGAUGCGAUGGUCACACACCUUCAAUUUACGGAUGACACAAUCUUCUUUGGGGAUGCAACAGAAGACAAUAUUAGGGUGAUCAAAUGCAUUAUGAGAACAUUCGAGUUAGCCUCAGGACUGAAGAUUAAUUUCGGAAAGAGCCAGUUGAUUGGUGUGGGAGUUGAUCAGAAUUGGAGUGCUAAAAUGGCAUACCAAUUGUGCUGCAAGGAAGGGAAAUUGCCAUUCAAGUACUUAGGAAUCCUUAUUGGUAGGAAUCAUAGAAGAAAAGCCAUGUGGCAGCCUAUGGUGGAGUCUGUUAGAAAGAAGUUAGCCAGCUGGAAGGGGAGGUAUCUAUCGAUGGGAGGCCGCAUCACGGUCAUCAAUUCAGUGCUGUCAAGCCUACCAGUGUUCUUGAUGUCCGUCUAUGUUAUCCCAAAAGGAAUCAUCAAGGACAUUGGAGAAUGCAAGUGCGGAAUAUGUGGUGAGGAAGAUGAGGACACAAAGCAUUUGUUCUUGAGAUGUAACAUGGUCCGAUGGUUAUGGAUGGCUUGUGCAAAGUGGUGGGGUAUUAAAGUUACAUUGGAAGAGGACUGCUGGAACACCUUCCGAAAUCCUGAAAGAGAACAAAAAGAGAAAUGUAUUAGAGAUGGAUGGGAUUGUAUCUAGAGUUCUCUAGUGUGGACAGUGUGGCUAGCCUGUAAUCAAAAAAUUUUCCAAGGCAAAGAGAUUAACCGGGAGAAGAUGUUGGAGCUCAUCCAAUUAAAGUCAUUCUACUGGU